AUGAGGAUCAUGUUGCGGACGCUGCGCGGGGACCGGGUGGCGCUGGACGUGGACGGCGCGGCCACGACCGUGGCGCAGGCCAAGGGCAUGGUCAUGGCCCGGGAGCGCCUCCCCGUGGCCAUGCAGCGCCUCUUCUUCGCCGGCUGCCACCUCGACGACGACGACCGGACGCUCGCCGACUACGGCGUCCAACACGACUCUGUCCUCUUCCUCGGUCUCCGCCUCCGCACCGCCGACAGCACCCCGUGCCAGUACGUGGACGAGAUGCAUAGGCUGCAGGUGCCGGCCGGUUGGACGGCCGCGAAGCAUGAAGUGCACCAGGAGAUGCAUGUGCAUGCCCAUGGCAACGCGGGUGCGCACGGCGGCAGCGGUGGCGAGGAACCCGGGAAGGCCAUGGCCAGGAAGCCGGCGUCGCGGCGCGCGCUCCGGAAGAUCCUCUCGAGGCUGCACGUGGACGCGUGGACGAGGCAGCACGACGCCAAGCUGCUCGACCUACUACAGCGCCACACGGCGGGACGAGGCGGCGGCGUGGGCGACCUGACCGGCGAGGACUGGUCGGCCGUCCGCGCCGAGCUGAACGCGGCGACGGGGUCCGGGUUUGCCGUGGAGGAGCUGCAGCGGCGGGUGGGCGAGUUCCGGCGCGAGCUCGAGGCCGUGGGCCGGACCAAGAGCCACCCGCGGUUCGGCUACGACCCGCGCCGCCGGGUCGUCGUCGCCGAGGAGGCCGACUGGAAGCGCUACACGCUGGAGAAUCCCGAUGCGGCGGCGUAUGAGGGGAGGAGCCCCCGCCUGGUUCUCCUCCGAGCAGUUUUCGCCGGAGACGGGCAUGGCGGCGCCGGCGCGGAAAGCCGGGAGUCGCGGCCGAGGAGGUACCUGAACAAGUUGCUGCGGAGUUUUGGGCUUCGAUGUAAGCUGUAG